UAAACACACGUAUAAACAUGCGCAGUGUGUGCUCUUCACGAACGCGUUUCUCUUCUGCUUGUUCACAGGCGUCUAACGGGCGUCUUUUCGCAUGCAUUCAAACAUGCAAGUUCAUUCCCGCUCAAUCUGACCUGCACUACAUCUUGCUGCAGUGCAAUGCAAGUCAGUGCAAUGUCUGCUGCAUGCAUGAAGGCUGCAUAGCUAGACAGUGGUACCCUGGCUAACCCUAGGUGAGCUGUGUGUACUGUAGCCAUAGACACCAUUUGAGAAUAUUUCGUUAAUAUUCACUAGAAAGUACCAGUAAUUGUAAUGCAUUUCUCUAAAAAAUGCUCAGUGUUUAAGGUGGUGCUCAGUGCCCUUCUCAUUGUUGCACUGUUGCAGCUUUUAUAUCUGUCUUUCCUUUCAAAAUUGCAUGGCAAACAGCAGCGCUACAAGUAUUCUGAGCUGUUCGGCUCCAAAAAGACUGAAAAACAAGCUGAGAAGAACCCCAGACGGGAACAUCUCAGAUACUCUUUAUCGACAGGCGGUAUCUUCGAUGGGAGUGGACAGUAUCGUGUGUAUAAGAACCUGAUUAAAAGUGACUUCUCUACCAAUCAGAAGCCAGGAGCAGAUCCGAGAUCGCACCAUCUGGCUUUGGCUACGCAUACGACUAUCAACAACCUUCACCAUUUGAACUCUUUGCUGGAGCGCUGGCAGAAUCCUCUGUCUGUAGCUAUAUUUGCCAACGGCCAAGAUGUCAAGUUUGCAACGGCCUUUGUCUACGCCCUUAGCCUGUUUUGCCCUCAAGUUCAAGCGUUGGUGGACUUCCACCUGGUCUGCCAUUCAGGAGAAAUGGCCAGUUUUCCAGAGCAGGAUCGAGAGCACUUUGCCGGUCUCGAGGAGAAGGGCUGUCCUGGUGUCUUCGCGAAGCUCGAAUCCCACAGAGACAAGUAUAAAAACUAUGCCAUCGGCAGCAACGUCUCGUACCCCAACAACCUUCUCCGCAACGUGGCCCGCAGUGGCACAGACGCGGCCUACAUUCUGGUCAUCGAUGUUGACAUGAUACCCAGUGCCAAUUUGCACCACCAGUUUGUGACCAUGUUGAUGAGGAGCGAACCAGCUGCGGACGAAGUCCUUGUGCUUCCUGCUUUUGAGAUCAGACACACCCGCAAAAUGCCCGCCUCGAAGUCAGAGUUGGUGCAGCUCUAUCAGGUUGGAGAGGUGCGACCGUUCUACGAUGAACUUUGCCCUCGCUGUCAGGCUCCCACUAACUACUCCCAGUGGAUCAAUCUGGCCAGCAAAAGCUCUGGGCCGCUGGAGGUGGCGUACACCAUAAACUGGGCUGAUCCGUGGGAGCCUUUCUACAUUGGUGCUCGAUCGGUUCCUCUCUACGACGAGAACUUCAGGCAGUAUGGCUUCAACCGUAUCAGCCAGGCCUGCGAGCUUCACGUCGCAGGUUACCGGUUCUCCGUGCUGAGCAAUGCAUUUGUGGUGCACAAAGGCUUUAAGGUCCAGGGAGAGUUUCACAGCAGAAAGGAUGAGGAGAACCGGAAGAACCGCAUCCUCUUCCGUAGCUUCAAGGAGAGUCUGAAGGCCAAGUAUCCCAACUCUCCUCGCCGCUGCUGAGAAAACAGAGAUGUUACAUCAACACACUACAAUCAAAUCCUGAACUACAUCUUCCAGACUUCUUGUAGACGCUUGAGAAGCAUAGAUGCACAAAACUGAAACUAAGAACCUGUUUGCAUUUCCACCCAUUUCAAAACAUCAAAAAACUGUACUGUAACAAGAGAAUGCACAUUAUUUUAUUUAUAAGAUGAAGACAUGAUCCGUCAUACUUUUAAAACGAGAAACUAAAUAAAAAUGAUCCUUUUUAUUUAUAAUGACUAAAAUUGUUUUGUUUUUUAAAUGUGUGACACCUUUGGAUUCUGAGAGCAAGAUACAAAGUCAUUUCACACCUUUAAAGUUUAUUUAUUUAUUUGAUUUUAACUAUGUUCCAUCUCACUUUUCUGAGGUGUUCUCCGUAUUUAAUGUAUUAUUUCACCCAAUUUUAACCUGAGAAAUGUUUUGUCUAAGUAAAUAAUAAGUUACUGAACGUUCGUCAUAUUAUUAGAGUACGAUACAGUAUAAGAGGCGAGAUGUUGUGACUGUACGGUACAUGUGUUUGAGUUACUGACGAGACGUCUCGUAAAGACCCAGAGAUUAGUUGUAAAGCUAUUAACAUAUUAAGGUCGAUAGGCCACCUUUAUGCUAAUAACAACUCCAAAGACGCUCAAAGACCCUGAUGAUAAUACAGGCAUGAGGAGCAGUGUCUGAAAAUCAUAUUAGUGUUUUAAUUACAUCUAACUUGUGGAUUAGGGGUAGAAAAUUAAUGAUUAGAUUAAUGCGGGAAUUUACAGGUUGUAGUGACUGUAGCCACCACAUGGUGUGCAGAUAAAGCAAUACUGUGUGUGUCACACAUAUUUACAUGAACUGUAAGAGAUAUGUAGUGUUUAACACUGAAUGGGGCUUGUAUGUAUUGUCCUUUUUGGAAGCUAUAUAUUCUAAGGCUAAAUUAAAAAAAAAAAAAUGAAUCCCUUUUCUUUUAGUUUUAACAUUAUUUUUCUUGCCUGAUAUAGAAUGAGUGUUUUUUUACAUCAGUCUCCAUUAGUAAUAUUAUUUUGCCAAUUAAGUUUUGUCAUAAUAGCUAAUUUUGGUUAUUUAACUCUGCCCUGAUAGUGUCGUGUAGUCUUGACAGCAUGAAUGUUGUGAUGUUUGAACACUGGAAACCUUAUUGUGAAACUGAAGAGAAAAUGACUGUUUUAUAAAAUUGUGACAUGGAGUAAACAUGUAAGUCUUUGAUUAUACAUGGAACUAACACUGUUUUUGUUAUUGUUGAAUGACAAAUGAGUUCUUUUGUUAUUAUUGAUACUGACUUGUUCGUUUUGUAUCUUGUUACAUAAAUCUAUACAACAUU